AUGGCAACAGACGAGACCACGCCGCUGCUUCCUGGCCGCAAGGCCUUGGUCUCGGUCAGCCAGAAGAGAAGCUUCAGAGACUCGCUCAGCGGCAUCUUCACCAAUGUCGAGAACCGCAUUUUGGCGGCAGGAUUUCUAAUCUGCGUCGCGUUUAGCUAUACUCAAGUACCGCUCAUGUAUGUUUUCCAUCUUAUGGUAUGCGACGAAUUCUACGACCACAACCCUCCAUUUGAAGGCCCCGGCCAGCGAUGCAGUCGCGACGAAAUCGCAGCGGGGACUGCCGCUCAAUUCAGUAUUCUGGGAAUGAGCACGACACUUUGUGGAACUCUCAAUCUCUUUAUUGCAGGAUGGACUGUCAAAAAGAUUGGCCCUCGUGCCGCUCUCAUGAUUCAGACUUUCGUGCCCGCUCUUCGAGUCCUUGCACAGAUCCUCGGAGUCAUAGCCGGCAAGCGGACAGGCAUUUUGAUCAUCCAGGCCACACAGCUUGUCACCAUUGUUGGCGGCCCUGCGGGAUACAUUCUCAUCACCAACAUCUUUGGAAGCAUCAUGCUUGGACAGAGUGUCGGGUAUUUGGCUGGUGGAAUGGUUGGAGAUGCAAUCGAUAUCCGGGCGCCCUUUGACAUCGCCUUCAUUACCUUUCUCAUAUCCUGCACCUACGUACAUUUUGCUCUCCCAUACAUUUCUCCAGAUUCCAUGAGUAGCAAGAAGAAGCCCGGCCAGCAGGGUAUUGCAGGCUUCUUCGCUCCGCUCAAGAUUCUUGUGCCCCAGCGCGUAAGAACAUCAAACGGCGGCAUUAAGAAGCACUACGGCGUCAUCGUUCUCUGCGCCGGCAUCUUCCUCGGAGUGCUCGCAACGGACUAUGCCCCUCUCCUAACCCAGUUGUAUGCCACCGCGGCAUUCGACUUUGAUCAAGGAGACAAUGGGUGGCUCAUGUUCGAAUUCGCCUUUAUGCGAAGCUUUUUCCUCAUCAUCUUGUUCCCGCGUAUCAUCAACUUCGGACGUUACAUGCUCAAGCGUAAUUCCCACUCAGAACCUGAAGACACAGACGAUUCGUCUAUUUCUACAGCGGAUGAUCAGCUGCCUACCGAACCUGGAGAAUUUGAUGCGACAACCGGUGAACAGGCGGAUAUCGAGCCAACCAGGCCAGUCUCCUCAAAACACCACCACGAGGUCGGCCACUUUGACCUCAUUUUCCUGCGAUGGAGUCUUGUCGUCGAUGGUGCACUCACCACCGUCGUCGCAUUCGCUACCAAGAGAUGGCACAUUUAUCUUGCCGCCUUUCUCCUCCCUUUCGGCUCCGGCUCUGCACCAGCAGCCAAAGGCGUCAUCACCGAUAUGUGUUCAGAAUCUCAUCGCGCGGAUGCCCUGAACGCCGGGCUGUUUGGGUUAAUCUUCUCGAGCCUGGCGAGUGUAGGCAAAGCGUAUGCUACGUUUUACUGCAAUGCGGCAAUCGCUGUGAUUGGAAUGACUGUGUUGUUGUUUUCCAAUUUCCCAGCUCCGGGUAGUACGCUGAUUGAUGAAGAAAGCGAGAGAAUAGAUGAGAGUCAAAACGAGGGAGAGAAUACACCUUCUCAAUGA